UGCCCUAUGUGACUCAGUUGAGAAGUAUUGGUGAAGACAGACAGUGUUUAUCAUGGCUACGCUUGAUAGGAAGGUAAAAUGUUUCGGGACUUUCGAUCUAUGCGCUAAUGUUUGCGACGCCAAGUGUCAGAUAUACAGGAAGUGUGUCAAAGCGAAGAGGAAGAUUAAGGCGAAGGUGUUUGACGACAGCCUAAGGAGGGGCGCCGGCGUCAAUGUCCAAGACGAGAAUGGUUACACUCCGCUUCACCACGCCUGCUUGCGGGGCCACAAAGACAUAGUACGACUGCUGUUGUCCGUGGACGCUUCACCAUGCGUGGUGGACAAAAAAGGUGCUACUCCCCUCCAUUUGGCCGCGUGGAAGGGGGACUCCGACAUCGUCACUAUGCUGCUGGCGCACAACAAUCCUCCCGUCAACGUCAACCAAGUGACCCUGGACCAAGAGACUGCCCUGCUGAUGGCAGCGCAGUUCGGCUUCGUGAAUGUGGUGGCUCAACUGAUCGCGCACGGCGCGGACGUUACGAUACGUAACAUUAAACAGGAGAACGCACUAGACCUGGCUGCUCAAUAUGGACGGUUAGAAACCGUUCAGCAUCUACUGAGGGUACAACCCUCGCUGGUGCAACCUUACAAGUACCCCAACUGGAAGGUGCGGUCGUUCUCCUCCACUCCUCUGCACAGGGCCAGCAAAAAUGGACACAAGGACGUAGUGUCAUUGUUGCUGGCGGCGGGAAUCGAUCCCAACAUCCGCACAAACUCGGGAACUCCCCUUCACGACGCAGCGUGCUUCGGCAAGGCAUCCGUGGUCAGAAUACUGCUCGCGAAAGGCGCAGACCUUCGGGCCGUCGACGGUAGAGGGAAGACUGUGGAAGAUUUACUCGCAGACUACUCGGAAGAGGCUACGAGGAGGGUCCGGAGAGUUAUUAGAGAAUAUGAGACUAUGGCGAGAAAUAAUUAUGAAAGCGAAGAAGACUUACCGCCUUUUCCUGUUCAAGACUGUAGUCCUACAGGCUAUCCCCACCAGCUAGUUAUGGCAGCCCCAGAAACCCACAAAGAUUACAAAAAUAGCCUUACAACUUCCUCUAGUUCUCUUGUAACGCGAAGUCCUUCUCAAAGUUUUGUCAAGAAACUUGCUUCAAAGUGCUUGGGGCUAAAAGCAAAAUUUAACUCUGCUCCUAACAUUACUAACUAUACAGAAUCGAAUGUCGAUGCGAAACCUAAAUUAGAAACCAAAGCGUUGCAUAUCGGAAAUAGUAAAUUUUUCAAAAAACUGUCAAAGAAAGAUGAGUCAGGUGAGAUAGUUUGUAAUGAUGAAUUUGACACAAUAUCACUGGAUAGAGUAGGAACACUAAGUAGAGAUUCAGCUGUGAAUAGGAGUAACAGAAGUUGUCCUGGUUUUAAAACCUCAUUACCAAAUAUAACCGAGAAUAAUGAGCUAAGUGAUUCACGAGAAUCAAUAGCUGAAUCUAUAGUAGUUACUGAAUUAGACUGUGAUAAUAAUGACGCAACUAAUAUAGUCGAAGCUGUAAAUUAUAAUCAAAGAGAUAUUUUUGAGCCCCGUCCGAAAAGUAACAGAAUAUCUGUGAUGUCAAAUAUUUCUUCAGAAUCAGCUCAUUUGGUGAACGAAUGUUAUGAAUCCUAUGAAUUCUCUUCAAUUAAAAUAGAGAGACCCAAAGAUUUUAAAACAAGUUCAAUUUCAAAGCCAAAGCCUCCUCCGCGCUACGCUACGUUGCCUGAUGUAGCUAAUAACGAGGACCCGGUUAUUUAUCAAAAUAUAACACUGGAAAAAAAUUACAGCAUUAAACCAAUACCUGCGCAACGGGUUUAUGUCCCAAGCAAAGAAUCAGAAGAUUGUAAAGAAGUACCUAAUCUUUAUGAGAAUGUUACUAUAGUACCUACGAGGAAGGCUCCGGAUCCUCCAAAGAGAACGUUUUUCCCUAUUAAAGAAAAGUCUUGUAAUUCUUCGCCCAGUCUAAGUAGAUCCUCAACUUUGUCCUCUGAUUCCAUGAUAGACGAGACUAAUUUGGAAGAUAUUUUGCUUUCCGAAAAAUCAAAAUCUUUUCGUCGCGCUCAAAAAGCUUUGUCUCGAAAGGAAUCUAGCAAAUCUAGUAUACAUAGAACUGCAUCGGACGCAUCGGAAUAUUCUGAAGCAAGUGCUAUCGUGAAUGUAGAUUGUAGUGGAGAAGUCAAUGAAAAAACUAUGUAUCUAUCAAUGACUGGUACUUUACCAUCAAAAAAAAGUGAGAAAUCAGUAAAGAAAAAAGUACUUUUUAGACACAAAACUUUUACAAAUAUUGAAGCUGAUAGGAAUUCAACUAAUAUUAAAGGCUUUUCUAAAUGGGAAAGUUCAUUCCUAAAGGACACCUUAGCUCACUACCAUAUUAGAGGUACUGGGCAUUGCAUUUACUCUGCACCAACAGUUCAAGAAUUUAUUUCUAUUUUCAAUAAGGAUACCUUAGACACGAAUGAAACGCUAUCAACUGAAAGUUAUAUCAGCAAAAGAGAUAGCUAUUAUGAGACAGCUAUCUGUUUUUGUAGACCAAAACCACCUAAAUUUCACAACAGCGCUGAAGAUUUAUUAGAUAUUCCAGCUAAAGAAGAAGAGAAAGUUACUAUUGAUAUAAAUGCUUUAAGAGAAAGAAUAGAGAUGACUUCAUCAUCUUUCAGAUGCUUCUGUGAUUCAGGGCAAUGUUCAUUACAUGCAAAGAAACGUGAAUCCCUUAAUAAUUUUAUAGUUAAAUUUUCUGCAAUCAAGAAAAGCAUAUCCACUCCAGAUAUUACACUCGAUUCUCUUUCUUUGACUAAACGCAAUAGUGGACUUACUAAAAAUAGGUCUGUGCCUUCUAAUUUAGAGGAACCUUACGCGGUAGUAACUAUAAAAGACAUAUUGGAAAGAAACGGUUCAAAUGCAAAAUCGGACGCUGAUAAUUCAUACGUGGCAAUGUCACCGCAUUCAUCACUGUCUUCAUCAGGCAGACCUUACUCCAUUAAAGAUAUUUCAGAUGUUACGUCUUUACAAUCAAUUAAAUCGACAUCGACCGAUUCUAAGUCGCCAUGUGUUUCUAACUCUCGUGUACUGCUACGAAAAUCUAACUCCUCGGAACACUCAGGCCAUUGGUCAUUGCAAUCCUGCAAUUCGAAUGUAACAAUAAUAUCUGAUGCUUCAUUCAAAACAUGUAUAGAGGAAUCUUCGGAUGACGGUUCCGAUGGGACAUUGCAUUCGGACGACGAUAGUUCCGAAGCCGAGACGGUGAAGUCCGACGUUAGUACCACGAAACGACCGUGGUUGCAUAGCGAUUCCUUUAGAUUCGGUAAUUCAAACGCUAAAGAAGCGAACGAAACAAUCGAGGAGGAAGAAAGUUUGAGUCCGAGUAAAUUUGAGUCGUCUUCGUCAAAGUUUGAGAGUGGUAUUAGCGUCGGGUCGAGUUCUUCGUCCGAGUGCGGUGACAGUGUUCCGGGGAGGGAUGAUUCGCUUCCUGCUUCGCUUGAGCGGGGUGUUGGCUUGGGGGGUGUUCGCAGCGGGUCUAGGCGACGGUGGGAGGAACCGGAGGGAACCAGUGAGGGUGAUGCGCUGAGUGUCUCCAGUGCAGCGUCCAGUUGCGCUCCCAUCAUUCUGGCGCAUCAUCACGACUACAAUAAAGUCUCUCCCACCCCUCCCAAGAAGCCUCCCAGGAGGAAUCUGUCUGUGUCCCCAACCCAUGCUAACUCUCCAUCAUCCGGGUACAGCUAUGAGCUCAGGUCUCACGCUAGAAGCCAAGACGACCUGGACGAUAUACAGAGUUCGAAACAUUUCCUCAAACACGGUCGUUCAAUCGAUCAAUACGUUGAUGGUAAGCUUUCCUACUCCGAGUGCGAAGACAACCACACCUCGCCCAGAGCAAUACCAGUGCCAAAUCCUCGGCCAAGCCUAAAGAAUCGCUCACAACCAGUGGCCAUAACUGCUAUGUAUGAGAACGUCGUCAUCAAGGAGCAAAAUCCUCGAAGAAAACUCAGAAGAAACAACCCUGCUCCUCAAGAUUCUGACAGGACUAUAGAAAGGGUUAGAAAGUAUUCGAAUCGAGAAAAGUCUUCCUUAGAGAGUCUCUUAGACGACCAAUCAAUGAUUAGUCCAAGCGAUUGUGAGCGUUAUUAUGAUGGACCGAGGAUUGAAGUUCCUUUGUCUCCCUCGCACUACGAGCAACCGCCCACUCCCGACCAUCCACCACCAUCGGCAAAACAGGCAGAAAACAGUAUUCAUGAGAGGAUAAGGCCGUUAAGUCAGCUUAUUAUGGAGGUUGUAGAAGAGAUAAGAAUUAGGAAAAAAUCACAGGAUGAUGUGACUAAUUCAUGAUAGGACAAACGUUUUAAGUAUUUUAUGAAAUUUUUUCGUUGUAGAAAGAUAUGUUAUUAUUCAACAUAAUGGAUUUAUUAUUUAUGACGAACCUUUAUAUCUUAUUUUAAUUUUGAAGAGGAUAUAAUAUUCUUUCUGUCUAUAUGCGCCAUGAAGUAAAUAGUUAUUAUAUAUGGGUGUAUGACAAAAAUAUGAUGAAAUACAUAUUAAUAUAAUAAACGUCUUAUGGCCAGAGUCCAUUAAACUAGAAUCUACCUACAAAUUGUAUAAAAAUUAUACUAGUGGAUAUUAUGUCAAUGUCAUUUUGCAUGAUGUCUUUCAAUAAUUUUAUUUUUUUUGGCCAGUUGUAUUAUUCGUUAUGAAUAGUGACAAAUUAAAAUUAUUACUUCUAAAUUAAGUUUAUGUUGCCUAUUUCAAUGAAAUAUUAAUUAUUUGAAUACCUAUAAUUUUCAAAUGCUACUGAUGUCUUGAUUUGACUGAAUAUAUAAUUUAUUUCUUUGAUAUGUAAAAUACCGUAUUCCUUAUUUGGUGCUUAUUGUUAUUCUUAAGGUGCUAGUUAGGUUUAAGAACGGUUCUUAACAAAGUAUCUAACUUUUUCGGAGUUAUUAUGUCGCAGCCAUUUUAAAUGAGCUAGUCCAUGGACAGACUAGCCCGUUCAUUAAAUGCUGGUGUUCAAUUGAAAGCCUAGGCCGGUCAUUUAUUAACACUAUUCAACGUAAACUUCUCGGCUUAUCAAUUAUUUUUAAUUAUUAUCUCUGAAGUGCACUAGCACUUCAUGCUGACGCCAUAUUGUUUUGAUGACUACUAAGUCAUCAAAACAAUAUGGCUACUAAGUCAUCAAAACAAUAUGGCGUCAGCAUUUCGAAGAUAGAAUCUUAGAUAAUUUAUACGUCUAGAUAGAAUCUCUUGCUGCUAGACAACCGAUAAAAACAGGCCAGUUUUAAUACUUUAGUGUGCGUGACAAGCUACGUCUUACACUCGCGAUUUGUAUGACACUUUGUGUUAGUUGUGUGCAAUGCUCAAAAUAGAGGCUAACUCUAAACUCAAUUUUAGUAUAUCUAGAUGUAUAAAUGAUCUAAGGAUAGAAUAAGUUUUAAUGUUGUUUUGUAUUGUUUCUAAUAUAAUCUAACCAACCUUAACUUAACCUUACCUGUCCAAAUAUUAUGACCAAUUCAUUUCAUUUUAAUUAAAUGGCUAAACGAUAUUAAGCCCCACGUUUGCCGGCAUUUGAUGAACGGUGAGACUCUUCAAUUGAUUAACCAGAUAGCUGCAAUGUACACAUCGCUAUUUAGAAACACCGAUUUUGAAGCAUUUAUUUUUAAAAUUACCAUGUUUCCUUUGUGUCUUUAAAACAUAGUAUUAUUAAAGUGAUAUAGGUAGAUUGAGUUAAUAUUAUUUCGCUAGAUAUAUAUAGAAGUUUAAGUUUAAGGCUUUUUAUGUAUUAUGUUCGAUUUUAUUUUGUGUAUGAUAAUAAAUUUUUAUUAUUUCUU